AUGACUGGUGGUGUUCACGUCAGAGCAGCUGCUGCUGUCCGCACCGCCGUGCUGUGGGUGUCGCUCUGUAUGCUUCUGCAGCACCUGGGCCACCACCCGCAGUUCACGGCAGAAGCGGAGGGAAGUGUUCAAGUUAACAUUAAGCGGUAUUUCACAAUUCCUAACAGUAAGUUCGCAAGUGCUGGUGGGAGUGUCACUCCCCGUAUUUCGGCUACACUGUGUAGUGUGGAUGGUGGAUCCCUCGUUUCCGGUCAGUCAGCUGCUGCACAAGAUGCUAUUACUGUCGAACUGAGGAAGGCAUUUCCAAAUACUGAUGAUCCGGUACACACGUACAUGGGUGGUGAUUCAACGUACAGUAUUUACACUGAACCUGACCCAAGCAAGAAGUGCAAAAAAGGGUUUUAUGGUGCUUCACUUAAUUGUAUCUACCGAUGGAACAUCGGGGUGUUUGCAAGCGAAACUGUUGACGGUUACGGUGUUCCAUUUUACCGUGGCUCGUAUUAUACUCUUCCCGGUAGAGGACCAGUGAAUGGGUACACGGCGUUCUGGUCUUCAGGCUACCCCAGACAAGGUGAGUCUUAUAUGGUCUCUCGGUACUGGAAAUUUGUGUCGCCCAUAGCAAAGUGGUAUGAUAGCGCAAUUGACUCAAUGUUGAAUCCAAACACACCUCGUGAUUCCUUUAUUGCUGUUUGUGAAGUUCAAGAUGGCCUGGUCGGAAAUACCUCAUUCCCACCAGCAGAAUCAGAGACAACAUGGAUCCAAAGUCAUUGGUAUGUUCCUCUGAUCAUUGCUGUGGUUGUGCUGGCAGCUAUCAUUGGACUGAUUAUACUCUGUUGUUGUCUUGGUGGCCGUAACGAAGAGAAGUACCUACACCCAAUGGUCAUUAGAGAGGUCAGCAAUGAACCGCUACGUGCACGUGAAAUCACUGACGACGGUGUUGUUGAUGUUGGUUAUAAUAAUCAGUUUCACGACCGAAGUGUAUCCAUGGUUCCAUCAGAACCGAUGCCAAUGGAAAAAAUGGAAUCUGCGAAUGUAUCGGUGUACUCGGUGGCAGAGAACGAUGUUUACGGUGAUGGAGAUGUAUUCUCGGAGGGCAAUCGAUAA